AUGUCCUUUUCAAAAUUGUCGCAGUUAAUUAUAUUUUUCUUUGUUUCGAUAUCUGCACUUUCCAAUUACUCUGCAGCUCACAAUUCAGGAAUUCGAGUAAUAAAGCGGAGAACGCUGAUGGGUUUUAAAGAGACGCCAAAUGGUGGAAAUCUCACAUUCGAUUGUUCACCUUCUGGCCCUUGCAUUCCCUGCUCUCGUUCUGAAAAGAAUGAUGAAAAAUAUCGCUGCAGCGAAACUGGAUAUCGCAUUCGCUUGAAAUGUCAACCAACUGGGACUAGUUCUAAAAAGGAAAAAAGCCAAAAAUUAGAAAACGGGCGAUCUGAUCUUGAGACCGAACAGAUUACUAUUUCAACAAGACAAAGAAGUCUACUAGAUGAUUCAUCCAAAUCAAAAGGUGGUUCUAACUUUUAUAUCACUUACAGAAGCUGUAUACCUGCAGUAAAUGAAGAAAAGUUGUCAGUACUUGAUUUUGAGGCAAUAAUGAUGGUUCUGCUGAUCAGUAGUGGUUCGUUUAUAUACUACAGACGAAAGCGAAGCAGUUCAAUUCAAGGAGCUGUCAGAAUUCCUACCAGUUUUAGGAAAGUCAAGAACUAA